AUGACGUCCGACGACGACGCCGACGUCGUCGUGGACGAUCUCGAGAAGGCGGCGUUCAUCGCUCGCGAGUCCCCCACUUCCUCGCCGACGACGAGCCGACGCGCGGAGAAGAUGCGCGCGGGAUGCGUCGGAGGUCUCGUCGUCUUAGCGAUCCUCGCGUUCGCGUCGACGUUCGCGACGUUCGCGGCGCCGCGCGUCGGCGGCGGACGGCUCGUCGAGAGCGAGGCGCACCAGCAACGCGAAAUCAUGGAGCUCAGGACGCAGGUCGAGGAGCUGACGCGGCGGGUGGACGGCGGCGGCGGCGCGAACGCGAGUCGAGCGACGCGAGUCGAGGAGGCGCAGGCGCGCGAGUCGACGGACGAUGACGAUGCUGUGGUGGUGUUCCCUCCGUCGCCGUCGCCGCCGCCGCCGUUCGCGAUCGUCACGUGGGCGCAUCCGCCGCCGCCGCCGCCGCCGCCGCCGCCGCCGCCGAACGACGCCGGCACCGGCGCGGUCGUCGCGACGAACGCCGCCGCGACGCCGCCGACGCUGUGCUCGGAGCUCCUCCGCGUCGCGUCGAACCACUCCGCGGCGGUCCGACUCCUGUCGCUCGCGCAGCAGCCGUCCGCGGCGGCGCUCGGCGACGCGCCGUCGCCCGCGCUGACGCGCGCGUGCGGCGGCGGCGGGGGCGCGGGAGGCGCGAAGAAACCCGUCGUGGACGUGUUUGUGUUCGGCGGUGGAGAGAUCGACACCCUAGGCGCGUUCUAUCUCACACUGGUCCCCGUGCGACCGCAGAUUCGUUUGCACGAACUCCACGACGUCGUGGACGCGUUCGUGGCGGUCAGGUCGAACGUCACGCACAAGGGCGAGCCGUCGUUCGACGCGAUUAACCGCGCGAUGAAAUCCCCGCGAUUCGCGCGGUACGCGGAUAAAGUGGAGGUGGUGACGGUGAACGAAAACGUCGCGCGCGCGGACGCGACGGGGGUAAACUUCGCGCAAGAAAACUACAAAACCGAGUGGGUGACGACCGAGAUGAAGACGCGAUACGCGAACGCCCCGGACACGAUCAUCCUAUUCGGCCACGUGGAUGAGAUCCCGAAUCGGGACGACGUCUGGCGACUCGCGAACUGCGACGACGCGGCGACGGCGCCGCCGUCCAAUUUCGCCAUCUGGUUCCCGUUCGGGAACAUCGAGUACGCGUUCAGGUGCGUCCUAGUAUCACACUGGUCCCCAUACGACCGCGUCGGCGUGGUGAACGCCGAUCCUUAA